UCUUCUAUUUAUUCUGAGAAUUCUUAACCACUUUCCCUUGCUUUUGUUAUCUUAAUUUCAAUUUUGUUAAACCGGGAACUGUAGGUAGUGACUGUACCGAUUUGGAAAAAAGAGACUGAGAAGACAGGAGUUCUCACUGCUGCAUCAUCAGUGAAAGAAGUUCUCCAAGCUGCUGGGGUUAGAGUUAAACUUGAUGACACAUCAGAACGAACCGCAGGAUGGAAGUUCAAUUUCUGAGAGAUGGAGGGAGUCCCUAUAAGGAUUGAAAUUGGUCCACGCGAUGUAUCUAGCAACUGUGUUGUUGUCUCGAGGAGGAAUAUACCGGGAAAGGCAGGGAAAGUUUUUGGAAUAUCAAUGGAGCCGUCAACGUUAGUAUCAUAUGGAAAAGAGAAGCUGGAUGAGAUCCAAUCAUCACUUCUAGAAAAGGCUGUAACAUUCAGAGAUAUGUACUUUUUUUUUUGGUUGUAUUCUUAUCUUGUUUGCCACAUACUAGACUCUUCCCCACCACAAUUUUUCUGUUGUUGUGCAGUAACAUAGUGGAUGUGAAAUCCUACGAGGAGCUCAAAGUUGCAAUAUCUUCAGGGAAAUGGGCAAGAGGUCCAUGGUCAGCUAGUGACUCGGAUGAGCAAAGGGUAAAAGAAGAAACGGGUGCGACCAUUCAGUGUUUCCCGUUUGAACAGACUUAAGGGAUCAAAACAUGUCUGAUGACAGGAAAUCGAGCAGAGGAAGUUGAAAUCUUUGCCAAGUCUUACUAAAGAAGUCCCUCGUUUUUACGCACAUUCCCUAAAUCAUAUCAAAUUUCUGCUCUAUUUCAAAAGAGUCCAAAAGUUCUAACUGAAGUACAAAAUAAAGAUGAACUAUAUUUUCAACAAAUUUAUUACAUCUUCUCUUUUCUUAUUUUAACUAUUAUAUUUAAUUGUUAUUAUCCAAAUAAUUUGACAGCAUUUAUUAUAGAAAUAUAAAACAAAACUUAUCUAUUUUAAAGUGCUUUAUUAUAUUUUUCACAUUCUUUCGUUCACACUUUUUAAUUAUUUCAUUAAUUUUCUUUACCAUAAUAAUUUGGUAUCAUUUAUUUUACGUGUUAACUAUGAUAAUUUCACAUGUUUAAAUGAUUUUUUUCCCAUCGGAGACAAAAAUUCAAAUCAGUUAACAAAAUACUUUUUAUUUGUUUACAAAAUUAGUUAGGUAUGGGCACUCAUAUAUCCGAUUGGUACGGAUCAAAUCUUUCGGAAAUCGAGUUUUUUGAGUUUUAAAAUUAGCCUCAGUUCAGAUAUUAUAAACUUUCGAGUGGGGUUCGAGCCGGAUCUUUCCAGAUCUGGGUGGAUACGAUUCUAAUGUACAUGAACUUAAAAAUGAACAAAAACCUAUGUGUAUUUAAAUGUCAUUAAACAAUUUAUAAAAAAAACUAACGCCCAUGCGGACGCCUGAUCAAGCUCUAAGCAAAUUUUUGUUUCCGUGGACCCUCUGGUAGUUUCUUUUAUUUGUCCCCAAUAACUCCCAGUUGCCUUUUUUUUUUGCUGUAAAACAUUUCUAAAUUGCUGGAAAAAAUUGUUUACAUGCUUUCUAUUGUAAAGAAAAUAAAAUAUUAAAUAAUCAAAGAUUUUAUAAGGCAAAUUCCUUUUAUUGCCUACUUAACUUCAUGGUUCGAUUUGGCUGAUUAGAAUCUGGUAACUAUGUUAUAGUCCGUUUCUAAGAGUUGGGUUGACAGGAAGUGAGAUGUUACUCAAUUCUAAACGGGAAAACGACUUACUCGUGCCCGAACUAUAGGUCUUUGGGAAAAACAUGCCUACACUUUUCUCAUGUGCUAAUAUAUGCUUGAACUAUAUAUAAUUUGAAUUACAUACCUGAAUUUAUAAAGUUCACACCAAUUCAUACAUCGACAUAAACACUGUUUAAUCGUAGUUAACAGUGCUGACUAAGAUGAUUAUGUGGCUGAUUAGUCAGCUUCACAUACAAAUAUGCCGAAAAAACACAGAAUAUAACAGGUUAAAGUUUAAAUAUUAUGGGCCGAAUGUGAUACUUAAUUUGGGCAAAAUAUUAAACUGUUUUGGCCAUUGUAAAACGGCGCCGUUGAAAAAACGGAUGCAUCAUCUUCCUCUUAACCUUAUGAAAAGGACGAGAGAGAGGCAAACAUAUCAGAAAAAAAUCCAUUUAGAUUGGUUCUUUUUGUCGACUGAAACAUCUCUCAAUCUUGACUGAACUCGUGUAUCGUUAGCUGGGAAUUUCGCCUGGAAUAAUGAGGUAAGUCAUUGAUUAACGGCUUCAAAAAAAAAAUUGUAGCUUGGGGUUUAGUUGCGAUUGACUGCAAAUGUCUUUCAAUUUCAGUAAAGAAGGAGAUACCACAUUUCAGAUAAGUUAUGGUGGAAAGUUUGUGAGUGAUGGUGGAGAUAUCUCCUACAUGGGAGGUGAAACUCAUAUAUUUCAGACAAAAGCUCAAGCUUUGUUUAGAGGUUUGAAGAAUGAUUUCCCAUGUCUAUGGAUGGUCAGCAAAUCUGGUACAAACUACUGUAUGAUUCCAUGAAACAUCUCAAAAUCUUAAUUUAUGGUAGUCAGAGCUUUGCAAGGAUGUGUGAAGCUUCAAAGUGGACUAAGUUUAUUGAAAUUUUUAUGGAGCAUGAAGAUGUGAAUGAUGAAGAAAAAAAAUGAAGAUGUGAAUGAUGAAGAACAUAAUGAAGAAGGAGAACCAGAAAGACCGACUGGCGAGACAGAAUAAGAUGAACCGGAGGGACUGAAUAACGAGACAUAAGAAGAUAGUAAUGAAAAUGAAGAUCGUGAAUUUGAAGAAGACAUACGUGUUGAAGCUGCUGUGGGUGAGAUUUCUGAUGAUGAAGAUAAUGAAAACUACAAAAACACACCUCCUUGUUCUGAUGGCGAAGAAGAAGAAAAUCCUCGGCCUUAUCAAGGAUGGAAGAGAGGCAGUGGAGAGUUACAUAUUAGGAAACUGUUUGAUAGUGUGAAAUUCUUCAAAGAUGAUGUAUUUUAGUAUGCACUAAAAGGAGGUUAGAAUCUUCAAUUCACGAGAUGGGGCGAUGUAAAAUCUGAGGCAAUAUGUGGAGUAGAAGUGGAUGAAGGAGAAACCCCAUGUUCUUGGAGAAUAUAUUGUUCGUAUGAAGAAUAUGUGUUCUCAGUGGAUGGUGAAGACAUUUCAAGAUGUCCACACUUGCUUCAAAGAUGGACGUUGCAAGAUAUUGUUAGAUUCACGCAUAGCUAAACUAUUCUUAAAUGAAGUUAGGGAGGAUCCGGAAAUGAAACCAAAAGCAAUCCAAGAUCAGAUUCAGCUGCAUUAUGAUUUGAAUCCAUCUGAUGACCAAUGUCAGAAAGCGAGGAAGAAAUGUUUGGAUCUAUUUCAAGCCAAGUAUGAUGAACAAUUUCGUAGGAUUAAGGACUACGAAGUCGAAAUUAAAAGGUGAGACAUUCACUUAAAGCUUUGUAAAUUGUGUGUGUGUUCAACACUUUUUUUGGUGGACAUGACAAAUGAAGGAUCACCAACUGAUCUUCAGUCCGUCAUUGGGACUGGUGGACUUGAAGGUUUUGAUCGUUUCUAUGUUUGUUUUGCUGUUCUCCGAGACAUACGGCUAGCCUCAUGUCGACCUAUCUUUGGGAUAGAUGGGUGUUUCCUCAAAGCCACAAACAAAAGGUCAUCUUCUAGCUGCUGUGGGAAGGGAUGCAAACAACCAGAUAUACCCUUUUGCUUGGUCUGUUGUGCAUAAAGAGAACACAUACACAUGGGCAUGGUUCUUGCAUAAGCUGAAGAAUGAUUUAAAUCUUGGAAAUGGAGAUGGUUUCACCCUUGUUUCAGACGACAAAAGGUAAGUGAUGAUUCAAUAUGUUUUAGUUAAUUCUUAAAUGAUUUUCUUAUGGUCUCUAUGUUUGUUAUGGUGGCUAAUUAGGGGUUGCUUAUAGCUGACGAUGCUGAGAUGCCAAAUAUUGAGCACAAAAUGUGUGCAAGACAUAUCUACAGGAAUUCAAGGAAGCUACAUCCUAACAAGCCUCAGUUGAAAAAGUUGUUUUGGAGUGUUGUUGAAAGUCACAAUGAAGCUGACUACAAAUCAAGUUUGAAAGUGUUAGAAGAGUAUGACAAAGAAGUUUAUGCAGAUUUGAUGGCCAGAAGACCCGAGACUUGUAGCAUAGCCUCUUUCUUGACUGCUCUUUGUUGUGAAGAUGCUCUCAACAACAAUCCAGAGCCUUAUAAUAGGACACUAGAGAAGGCACGUGCAAUGCCAUUGGUGGAGAUGCUAGAGACAAUGAGAAGAUUAGCUAUGAAACGUAUUGAUUUAAGGAAGAAGAUAGUCACGGAUUACAAAGGAAAGUUCAGCUUGAAGGAUACUAAGAUGAUAGCAUCUAAGACAAAAUAUAGGAAGUAUUGUAAAUCUCUUCCUGGACCUACUGGUGAGUUCGAGGUCUCUGAAGAUGGAAUGCGGUAUGCAGUUGAUAUGAGAGCAAAUACAUGUAGCUGUAGGAGAUGGUGGUAUUUGAGUGGGAUUCCCUGCAGACAUGCGCUUCGUUUCGUUUUGGAUCAAAAGAAGACAUAUAAGACCGACAAUUUGGUGUCUGAUUGGUAUUUGACUUCUAAGUGGCAACAUCAAUUAAUACUCAGACUCGAUCAAACCAGUAAAAGGGAUCACGUUUAAGAUUCCAUCUGGUGAUUCAACAAUACAAGCGCCACCAAGAGAGAUCUCCAAAGGGCUCAAGAAGAAACCUCAACAAAGAAUCAAAGGAGUUAACGAGUCUUCAACAAAGGAAAAAAGUAACUGGUCACAACCGUGUGAUGCAUUGUUCAAGGUGUGGUUUUCCUAAACAUAACGCUUCUAAGUGUCCUAAUCCUGGAGUUCCUUGUCAACCUCGUCCACCUAGGAAGCAUAAAACAACUAUAUCACAUGAUAAAGUUGCAGUCGAUCCUGAUGAAGGACCUUCUCAAACUCAACAAACGCAGACUUGAAGAUUUCAUGAUGAAGUUGCACUCGUUGCUGGUUAUUUUCAAACUUUUGUUAUUUUCAGACACUUGUUGUUUUCAGACUUAUGUAGUCUUAUGACUUAAUUCUGUUCUUUUCAAACAGAUAUGCUAGUAAUUUCAGUUUCAUGUUUCUUGAUUAUGAGUACUCUUCCAUAUAGCUAAAUUUAUUAUGUGAUUACUCUAAUAAUUUUUUUUUUAAAUAUGAUUUGUGUGGAGGCCGAAGUUAUGACACAAACACUAAAACAUAAGUCACAACUUAAAAACGUUUCUCAAUUAGUAUAUAGAGGAUAGUAUAAUACCAUCACUUAAUUUCAUGCUAUUAUACACAAUCGAUUCACAAUUAUCACAUGGUAUCACUUUUUCAAAUUUUAGACACAAGUAUAAAAUUUCAAAUAUAAUAAAUUAUAGUAGAAUAAAUUUUAUCUGAUAUAUUCAUAAAUUAUAGUACUUAUAUAUAAAAUAUAACUAAAGAUAUUUCAUAAAUUAUAGUACUUAUAUAUAAAAUAUAACUAAAGAUAUGUCAGUACUAAAUAAAAAUUAUACCCAAGAUUCAAUACGUUUAAAAAUAUAUUUCCGUAUAUUUUAACAUCUGAAAUUAUGUUAUAACUAAAAUAAAAAAAAAUUAUAUGUUAAAAUAUUUUCAAUAUUUUAAAAUAUCUAUACGUGUUGACAUUAUCAUCGAAAAGAGACCUGAUAUAAGUUUUAAUUUAAAACAAAAACCACAACGAUCUCAUUUUCUAAAAACAAUUUAUAAUAAUAAGAAAAACAAUUUGAAAAAUGUUACAGCUACUCUUUAUAUUGAAACAUAUUUCAAAAUCAUAGAAUAAAUGACAUAAAUCUACUAAAUAUAUGUGCUUACAAAACUAUAAAUUUACAUAAAUCCUAUUUAAUUAAUUUUAAUUGAUUUUAAAAUCUAUAUUUAAAAGUUUCAAUUAAGUCGACUAUCCUAAACCAAUAUACAAUUAAUGAGUAGACAUUUUACAAUUACCAUUUUUUGGGUUAUUCAAUCGAAUAUGUAAAAUAUAUAUCAAGGACAAACAGGUUGAAUAAAUAGAUUUUUCAUUUGAUUAUGAAGUAACAAACAUAUUAAUAGUUUUAUCAACAAAAAAAUAAUCUCAGUCUUUCAAAGUGUAUGUCAAAAUCUAGUAACUAAAUUAAACUGUGAAGAUUCAUUGGUGAGUUUAUUAAUGAUUCUACACCAGAAGUUCUGAGUUUCGAGUCUCAGAGAAGAUGAAAUUAUGCGAGUAAAUAGAGACAAAAGCUUACAUGAGAUUUGCAGCAUGGUGCAAGGGGUAUCGCCAAACAUGGAUCCAAUAGAACGGCUUUUGUGAUGCACUCAUGCGUAAAUCCUCAUAAUGCAAAUAGAAUUAUCAGCCGUAGAAUCGUAUGUAAUAUUUUUCAUUGUUUGUAAUAACACAAUUGUUCAAUUAUUCAGCAUUUAAAAAAAAAAUUAAACCGUCAAGCGAUCCAAACAAAACAAAGUAAAAUAUAUAUUAGGUUUUGGACCAUGAGAAAAAGUUAAAAAUAAGUACACUUUGAAACAAUGGGCCAAAUCCCGAUAUAUAUUUUACUUAUUUCAAACAGCGGUACUGAGUUUUGGUCCAUAAGAAAAAAAAAUAAAAAAGUGCACUUACAGUUUACAGUUGGACCUGGGUUCAAGUUAGAACGGUUUAUCAACGGAAAAGCGUGAUUCGGGCUAGAGCCGUGCCAGAUUAGUGUUAUUCGGCCUUUAAAUCGAAGAUAAAAAAAAUCACUGUUUUUGACGAUUAUAAGUUUCAAAUCAUAUCUGCGUGUUUGAUUUGAUACAUUUUGAUCAAAACUUACAAGAAUAAGUAGAAAUAUUUGUGAAACCGUGAAAAUAUGAAAAACCACUGCAAGUUGCUGAAAAAUUGCAGGGUAAGGUCGAAGACAUGGCUAAUUUUGUUCUUCUAAAAUUUAUUUAACGUAAUUGUUUUUUUUUUUUUUUUUUGUCACAACGUAAUUGUUUUCUAUAAAUGAAAAACUGGGCCUAACUCUGUCCGAACCCGAGUAUAACUGUUUAAUAUACUUGCCACUAACCAUUAGACUCGGCGUUCUAAAACGCGUUCAUUACGCAUUAGAUAAAUGUAUAGCGCAUAACCGUACAGGCGGAGGCGUAAACGGUGUAUAUAUGAAUAUAUAUUUUUAUACAAAAUAUAAAUAUAAAACUAAUAUAUACAUGAUUUUUACAAAAAAUGAUUAUAAAUAUAUUUUAAAUCCAAUUUUAUGUAUAAGUAUAUAGUUUAACAUAUAUAACUAGUUUAAAAUUAUAAAAAUUAAACCUAUUUUAAAUAAUAAAGAUGAUAAAUUUAAAAUGAUUUUGCAACAAUUAUACUAAUAUCUACAAUCAUAUAAAUAUAUAAAUUAAGUAAAAAUAAUAUAAAUAAUAACAUUAAUAAAAUAUAAUAAUAAUAUUAAUAGUUUAUUUUUUUGAAUAUUAUGCUUAAAAUCCGCCUAGACUAUACAUAAUAUCCGCCUAAAUGCUGUUAUUCACCCAAAUUAUAUAAAACCGCAUAAAACACUGUAUAACAUAAAAAUAGUACGGUAGGCUACCGUGUAGUGCCUAAACGCCGCCUAAACGGACGUCUAGACCGUAUUUUAGAAUACUGAUAUAACUAUAUUACAACAACUCUUAUUGUGCACAUUAUUAAUAUAUAAAUCCAAAAACAGAUAAAAACUAUAAAAAUACUCCUUAUUAUACAUGUAUAAUCUCUGAUUAAUUAAUUCGACACUAAGCCCUACUCAACCGCAUGCGGCGCCUAGAGAGUCUCGACAUUUGUUAUUCAACAUCUCUGAUACUAAAUUAGCAUGUAGUGUUUUGAUUAUUCAUCAGAGUGAUAUGUUCAUAAGUAUAUUUAAACUAUGAUAUAUGUAUUUUAUUAUUUAAGAAUUAUAAAGUAGAAUUAAAAUUUUGAAACGAGUAUUUGUUGCAGCUUUAUGUUUUGGAUUACAUGAAAUUUUGUCCAAAGUCUGUAAUUCUCUCAUAUCUAAAAAGCCAAGAUUAUAUUAACUACGUAAUAAUCUGGCUUUACGCUGGUAAUAUAUCCAAAUAAUAGAUGAUAAAUUUGGGAAAUUUGAAUCAUUUACAUAAAAAUAAAAUAAUUUUAAGUAUUGGACCUUAUCGAAAUUUCGGAUUUAAAAUUAAUUUCCAAUAUCACAAACUAAUACUUUCCAAUACCACAAACUAACACAUCAUGUGUUAAUCAUAAUCAUGUGUUAAUCAUAAAAAUAUUAAGAACUUGCAAACUAUGUAUUAACCUAGUCAAACGAUAUAUUAAAUAUUUUCAAAACUCACCGCCUCGAUAUAAACUUCUUAAACAAGCAAAAAAAAUCAUGCAUACAUUAAAUAUAUUUUUAUAUUACAGUCUAUAAUACAAUAGUUGAAUAGUUUAGGGUAGGUUGACAAAAAAAAAAGUUUAGGGUAUAUACAUUAACAUACCCAAAGGAAAGGAAAUUAUGAAUAUUGCCAAAUAUUUAUUACUUAUAUACACGCUCAAAAUACAAUACACAUUUGAAUACAGUACAAACAAUUUGACUUUAGACUAAACCAUUUUGAUUCUUUUAGGGUUUAGAUUAUGUAAUUAAACCCAUUCAAAAUUAAAGAAGAAAACAUUAAAUACACGUAGAUAAAGUAAUUAAAAUUAUAGAUGAUAAAUUUAAAAACACGUAGAAGAACAAUUAUAUAGUUCUAUAUAAAUGUUUUCUGAAAGAUAAGUUAUUGUUUGUAACAUGUACAAUGAAUAUGAAUGAGUAUUUUCCAAAUGAUUACCAAGCACAACUUGAUUGUUCUUAUUAUAAAAUUUCAAUAAGUUAUAUAAGUAAAAAGUAUGUAAUGUAAAAGUAAAUAAAUAGUUAUAAUUAUAUAUUGCUUAAAAAGGUCAAUAGAGUUAGCAUAAAACUAUAUUUAGUCAUGCAUAAUAUUUUUUGUCCAAAUGUUACCACAAAUGCUUAUUCAUACUUUACAAAAUAAUUACGAACUCGAUUCUUCUUAUUAUAAACUUAUCAGCGUGUGUGAUUAAUACAUUUUGUAAGGGAAUAUUGACUGGUUGAAAAUGUAUUAAGAUUAAUAUGGAAAAUAUAUUAUGUUUUACUAAGGGAAUUUAGACGAUGAAUUUGAUGUGAUUUAUUUUAAUUAAUUUUGUGAUUUUAUUUUUUAAUGUGUUUUGGGAGAAUGCGUGAUGACACGUCAGUUUUGUUUUUGAGAAUCAAUAUGAAGCAAAAAAUCAUAUUAUUAUGGCAUUAAAUAUAUUUAAUAUUAUAUAUACUCUAUAAUAAAAUAAUUACGAACUCGAUUCUUCUUAUUAUAAACUUCUCAAUGUGUAUGAUUAAUACAUUUGUGUAAGGGAUCACUACAGAAAAAACGUCUCCGUAACGACGAAAAGUUACAAGGAAAUUUUUUCCUCGUAAAUUAACUUACAAGUAAUUUACGAAGAUGUUGUGAGACAAAAUGGAAAUUCAUCAUAAUGUAGACGUAAAAUUACAAAGAAAACGUUUCGUCGUAAAUGCCUUGUAAAUUUACGACGAAAGUACAUCGCGAACAAUAUUUGUCGUAAAUUUACGAGGAUAUUACGAUGAAACAUGUUACCGUUAUUUAUUGGUGAAAACGUGUAUUCAAUGCACUUUGAAUUGCCUAAUUUCAUUGUGAAUUUCUUGUAAAACUUAUGUAAAACCCUAGUAAAGUUUUCCUAGUAAAAUCAUUGUUAUACUUCACCUACCAAACUCGAAAUAUUUUCUGUAUAUAUGUCAUUUCUUACGACUCAUUCUCUCAUAACACACAAAGGAAAAUAAGAAAAAAAUUCUGAAAAAAAAAUUCAAAUUUUUUUUUUAAAAAAAUGCCCGAAACAAUUCCCCAAAAAAAUUUCCAAAAAAAAAUUCCCAAACAAAAUGGCGGAUGGCGCUAAUAUUUACGAGUUACGGAGUUGGAUGUAUUCCCAUAAAGAUUCGGAAGAGUGAGUGACGAAUGCAUUUCUGAGCAGACUAGCGACAUUCAUGUACCAGGCGGACUCUUCACCGAUCAUGCAGGAAAGCGGUAAGAUGUUUUGUCCUUGUCGAAAAUGCAAGAAUUCAAAAUUUGCACGUAGUAAAACUGUAUGGAAACAUUUAGUAAACGUAGGAUUUACACCAUAAUAUUAUAUUUGGUAUCAACACGGAGAGAGUUAUGGUGGAAAUGACACUAGUAAUAGUAAUAAUAAUUUUGAAAAUGCUGGUAAUAAUGAAAAACCUAAUCAUUUGCAUAAUGAAUAUAAUUACCAUCAAGAAGAGCAGAUGGUAGAUCAUGAUAGAGUUCAAGCCUUGUUCGGAAACUCGCUAGGUGCUACGCGUACGGCGCACCCGGGCCUAGCGAUUUAUUAGAAAAGCGGAAAAAACUCGGGGAGUAUGCAGAAAAUAAUUUUUUUGUAUUUUUAUAUGUAUAAUACUUCAUUUAUACGUAAAAUACGACUUUGUAUGUAUAAUACAUAUUUAUGUAUAAAAUAUCGUUGGUAUUAAAAUUCAUAGAUUUAUAAAUAUAUACCAUAAUGGAUAUAAAAUAUAAUUGUAUUUGUCAUUAACACAAAAAAAUAUAACUUUUUUAUACAUUCUAAAGAAUUAUUUAUUGUAAAUGUUAUUGAAUCUACUGGUCAUUCAACUAAAGUAAAUCAUGGUUGCAUUGAAUCUACUGGAUGUUAUAUUUUUAUUCAACAAAGGGUCAUAUAUGAAGGUGAUAUAGAUUACGUUGAGUCUUUGUCAAAAUCUUAUUGUUUUUCACAAUUAGGGUUUCUUAGAAUUUUAGAGAUUUUGUUGUCGGGAGAAGAGAAGAGAGUUGGUAAAGAUGUGGUUAAUGAUUUUUUGAGCUUGGGCUGGACAAAUAGUUCCAAAUAUUUGGGCCAAAUUUUAUUAUGCCGAGGAAGUAAAAGUUAUGCGUAGCAUUUUUUUUCUUAUUAAUCGGACGCUUUUUCAUUUAUACAUAUUCCACGUCACUUACGUGGCCGAGCGUAGAAUGUCACCGAACUGCCUCACCUCGCCACGGUCCCAUCCCGAAUCACGUUUAAUCGUUUGCGUAAUCGGCCAGGUGUCCGAUUUUUUGAACAAGGGGUUCAAGACAUGAUUACUGAUGCAUUUUUAGAAACAACUACAACAAUAGCUGAUGACUGGAAUUGAAGAAGAAUCGAAUUUGGAUGCAAAAAGGUUUUAUGAAAUGCUAGAUGCUGUAAAUCAACCAAUCUACACUGGUUGUAGAAAAGGUCUUCUCUAAAUUGUCUCUAGCAGCUAGGAUGAUGUAUUUUUAAAACGGAUCAUAAUUUACCUGAGAAUUGCAUGGAUGCAUGGGCGGAGUUGUUUAAAGAGUAUUUGCCAGAAGACAACGUGUCUGCUGAAUCUUAUUAUGAGAUUCAGAAAUUGGUUUAUUGUCUUGGGUUACCGUUGGAGAUUAUAGAUGUUUGCAUUGACAAUUCAUGAUCUACUGAAAAGAUGAUGAGAAGCUAGAAGAGUGUCGAUUUUGCAAGAAACCGAUUCAAACCGCAAGGACGUGGGAAGAAUAGGGUAUCGUACCGAAGGAUGUGGUACUUACCAAUUACAGACAUGUUAAAAAGAUUAUAUCAAUCUGAGAGGACUGUUGCAUCGAUGAGGUAGUAUGCCGAACAUGUCCAGAGGGAUGGCGAGGUCGCUCAUCCAUCAGAUGCAAGAGCGUGGAGACAUUUCAACAAGGUAGUCCCAGAUUUCAGUAGAAAUAUUUGGAACAUUUAUCUUGGGUUAUGCACCAAUGUAUUUAGUCCAUUUUGGAAUGUCUGGGAGACAAUAUUCUUUGUGGUCGGUCAUUAUUACGCCGCACAAUCUGCCGCCGAGAAUGUGCAUGGAACAAGAAUUUUUGUUCUUAACCAUAUUAAUCCCUGGGCCGAAGCAUCCAAAAACGGUCGCUAGAUGUUUUUCUUCAACCAUUGUUACAAGAGCUAAAGGAGUUGUGGUCAGAAGGGGUGAUGGCGUAUGAUUGUUCGUUGAAAAAUAAUUUUACGAUGCGAGCAGUUCUGUUGUGGACGAUAAGUGACUUUCCUGCUUAUGGGAUGUCGUCUGAUUGGACAACACAUGAAAGAUUAUCUUGUCCAUAUUAUCUUGGAUCGACGGAUGCUUUUCAACUGAAGAAUGGUAGGAAGAGUUGUUGGUUUGAUUGUCAUCGUUGCUUUCUUCCCAUUUCUCAUCUGUACAUAAGAAAUAUGACAUUUUUUAGGUACAAAAGAGUUGUCAGAGACAGUCCUCCUCCAUAUUUCAUUGGCCAACAGAUCGAAUCGGACAUUGAUUAUUACGGAGCUCAGGAAACAGUUAAGUGUAGUGGAAACUGGCAUGUUCCUGGAAAUAUGCCUGAUGGGUAUGUUGUGGCGCACAAUUGGCAUAAGAAUAAUAUAUUUUGGGAGUUACCUUACUGGAAGGAUUUUCUUUUACGUCACAACCUCGAUGUGAUGCAUAUAGAGAAGAAUUUUUUUGACAACAUCAUGAAUACAAUACUGAACGUCCGUAUGGACUUACCGUAUAUUUGCUCAAGAAGGGAGUUACAUAUCAAGAGCAAUGGAAACAUUCAUGUUCCUAUCUUUCGGUUGUCAUCAGAAGCCAAAACAACUUUUUUUUGACUGGGUUGCAUUAGAAGUUAAGUUCCCUGAUGGUUAUGUUUCUAAUAUGUCAAGAUGUGUUGAACGAGGUCAAAAGUUCUCAGGAAUAAAGAGUCAUGAUUGUCAUGUGUUUAUGCAACGACUACUUCCAUUUACCUUUGCCGAACUCCUACCAACAAAUGUACAUGAAGCAAUUGCAAGUAAAUAUUAAUUUAUAAUAUAUGUACAUAUGUUAUGAAAUGUUAUUAAUUGAGUUACUUUUGCAAUAUACAGCCAUCAGAGCCUUCUUCAGAGAUCUUAGCACACGUACGUUCAAGGAAGAAGUCAUCGAACAACUUCAUGAGAACAUUCCGAUCAUAUUGUGCAAUAUGGAGAAGAUAUUUCCGCCUUCAUUUUUGACGUCAUGGAGCAUGUAGUUGUCCACCUCCCGUAUGAAGCAUUGCUUCGUGGACCUGUUCACAAUAGAUGGAUGUAUCCGUAUGAGCGUUCUAUGAAACAUUUGAAGGGAAAAUCAAGAAAUCUUGCAAAGGUCGAAGGUUCAAUAGUUGUUGGGAGUUUGACAGCAGAAACAUCUAACUUCAAAUCAUACUACUUUGCUCCAACCGUUCGUACAAGAAAAAAAGUUCCUAGAAAAUAUGAUGAUGGAGGAGUACCGACAUCAUAUGCAGUUGAUGGCAUUCCUGACAUUUUCUGUCAAACUGGACGGUUUGGUGGUAAACUGAAAGAUGUAUAGUGGUCAUGUGAAGAACAUAAGCAUAGUCCCCACACUUAUAUUUUGCUCAACUGCAAGGAUGCAGUAAUCCGUUCCUUUGAGAGGUAAAUAUUCUUGUGAAUGUUAAUUAUAUGAAAAUUGUUAAUUAUAUAUGCUCUAAAGCAUUCAUUUUAUUUGCAGCAUGUUUGUAUCUCAAGUUGAAGAAGCAAUACCAGUAAUAUCCUCAACUGAGGUGGACGCACGGAAAGAUAAGCACUUUGUCAAGUGGUUAAAAUCACAUGUAUAUAUAUAUAUAUCUCAUUUUAACAGUGAUGCUUUAAGAUAAUUUUAACGGUGAUGCUUUUUGUAGGUUGAGUAUGACGAUCCAUAUUUACCCCAUAGGGUUUCAUGAUUUGGUCCAAGGUUCAGUAGCAAAGGUCACCACAUCACCUAUGUAUUUCACACGAGGUUUUACCUUUCACACAUACGAGAAUGGGAGACAUCGGGCAACAAGUAACAACGGAAUAUGUGUGAAAGGCGAAACAAACUUUUAUGGAUCUUGCAGGUGAUUAUUGAAGUUGAAUUUUCGGGGUUAUUGAAGCUAAAAUGCGUCCUCUUCAAAUGUGAAUGGUUCAACCCCGUUGUGAACCAAGGUGUUCGUGUUAACAAAUUUGGUGUUGUGGAUGUCAAUUCUGGGAGAAGAUACAGCAAGUUCGAGCCUUUCAUCCUAGCUUUUCAAGCCGAGCAAGUUAGCUUCCUUACAUACCCUCGCCUUUGAAGUUCUGGGAUAAAUUGGUUAGCUAUUAUAAAAAUUACACAUUGUGGAUGAAUUGUUGCUGGAGAAGAACCACCUUUGCAAGAAGAAGACACUAUCAAUGAAGUUGACGUACAUGAUCAACAACUUAAUGAAAUCUUUUUGAUCGAUCCGGAAAAUCAACAAUAUGAAUAUCUUUCCGAAGAUGUGACAGAUGAAGCACGUGAAGACGAGUUCGAUGGAAGCGACGAUGAUCAUUGUACUGAUCUUGAUGAGAACGAAAACGAUUCAGAAUGAUGUAAUCUAUGUAACAAAUGUUGUUUUUCUUUUUCAUUUUUUCAUUUUAAUAUAUGUGUAACAAAUGUUGUUUUUCUUUUUCAUUUUCUUAUUUUAAUGUAUAUGUAACAUAUGUUGUUUUAUAUAAUAUGUUUUCUUUUGGUUUUAAAAAAUUAAUGUGGAGAUUAGGGUUUAAGUUGGAUAAAGAGAUAAAGAGGAAGAAGAUGUAAAGAAGAAGAUGGUGUUAUAAGAUAAAUGAUUUUGGGGUUUAGGUUUUCAGGUUUCUGGGUUUAGGGUUAAGCCUCGUAAAGUCGUCGUUAACAAAAACACAUGCCUAGUAAAUUCGUCGUAAAUGAAAAAAGCAUGAGCGUUCCACAUAAAUUCGUCGUAAAUUUUCCACAUAAAUUCGUUGUAAAGUUAAAAACACGGGCAUGGUAAAUUAGUCGUAAAUAAAAAAAGGGGCCUGGUAAUUUCGUCGUAACUGAAAAAAUACGGGCCUGGUAACUUCGUUGUAACUUUAUGACGACUUUACGAGGAAUGUCUUUUCUUAUAUGUACGCGACACCUCAGAACGAGCCAAGCUCGUUCAUUCCUCCCAAACCCCUCUCCACUCCUCUAAGGUAACCUCUCUCUCUCUCUCUCUCUAAUUUUAAGUGGUUAGUAUCAGACUAAUAUUUUUAAAUUAGUUAGGUAUCAGAAUAAUAUUUUUAAAUUAUGUCGUUAAUGAUAAAACUAACUGUAAUUUUUUAAGAAAUUUAGAUGAGUUCCAGAAGAAAGCCAGUUGCACUUACUUACUCUCAGAUGUUUCAUGAUGGUGUUGGGACAUUUUCUUCCGGUCUAUCAUCUUCCGAGGCAGUUCCGGACUCACAGAAAUCUCAGAGAUUUUCUUGGAGUCCUCCUCCUCCUCCUGUACCUCAUAUGCCUCCCCCACCUCCUCCUCCAGCCGCUGCACCUCAGCCUGUUCCUGCAGGCGCAGUUCAUCCAGAUUUGCGUGUGCCUCCAUCUGCCCCAUACGCAAGAUAUACAGUGGAGGAUUUGCUCGCCCAGUCUAGACAAGAGGGCUUGGAUGUUCUGGAUCCCGAUAGACCGCCGGGAACUUAUUGGUAACUUAUUAUUUUUUAGUACAUUAAUUUUUUUUAAACAACUAGGUUCUCUUUUCAGGUUUGAGGCGAGCAACCGUGUUGGCCGGAGCGUGUCGGAGAUGGUCAAGGGCUACUACGACGGAGCCUACCCGAAUUGGAGCAAGACUCCAGACCACGUUAGGACGACUUGGUUUAAAUGUUUUGCGGUAAUAUAUUUUUAAAAAAAAAUCUAAUUAUAUAUUUAUAUCUAAUUAAAUAUUUAUUUUAGUUUUUUCAAAAUUUUGUUUGUUUCAGCAAAGGUGGCACUGGUCCUUGGGAAUCACCGAGAGGGUGAAGAGGGAGUUCGUUGCAAAGGUAAAGACCCACCUUUGCAACACUGGCUCCGAUUGGACGGACAAGUGGGAGAUCUACGGUUAUGACGGAAAGCCCACCGAGCUCACGAAGGAAGUAUGGGGAUGAUCUCAUCGCCUUUUGGAAGCUACCCUCUUCGAUCUGUAAGGCCAACUCCUGCUCCGCUUCCCGAAGAACGAUGGACAAAGAUACUCAUUUGCCCAUGGUUCACAGAACCGGACAAAAACCUCACGCCGGGAUCCGUCUAGAAGCUGUAAGUUGUUUCUAAUAUUUAUUUUGAAUUUUUUAAUUAAUUUGAAUUUUAAUGUUUAUUUUUAUUUAAUUUUUUUGUUUGUAGUAUGAGAAGACGGGAGUCUUACCAUCUCUGUCUGAUCUAUUUAAGAAGACUCACGCCACAUCGGACGGAAUUUUUGUGGAUCCGGCAUCCGAGAAACUCUUCAACGCAGUGGCUUCUCGGGUUGAAGAGCGGGAGAUGCAAUUAACCCAGCAGUCUCCCAAUGGAUUACCCGUCAAACUGACCACCGAAAAGGUCGACAGGAUAUUCGAAGAGGUAAAACUUUAUAAAUUUAUUUAAAUAAAUUUAGCUAUUUAAUAAAAUUUAACUAUAUUAACAUGUUUGUAUAGGUGGCUCCUAAAAAAAGGGACGGACGGUGGGCAUAGGUUCUGUUAACGAAGUUGCUAAAGCAACUGCGUCAUACGCUUCGAGACGGGAUGAAGAGAACUCUCAGAUGAGAGCUCGGAUAGAUAACCAGCAGGAUCGUUUAGACUCUCUUGAGGAUCUGCCGGACGUGAUGGCGGUGGGAAACCCGACUAUGCAGCGAGCACUAAAUGAGAGACGAGCAGCUCUCAGGAUGCCAAUACGGAAUUUCGAAGAUGCCGAUCCAGACCGUUCUCAACCGAGCACCGCCACCGACUACUUUGAUAAUAUGUAGUAGUUUUUUUAUUUGCUUCGUUUUGUAUUAUGAAUUUAAAUAUUAUGUUAGGACUUUUAAAUAGUUUUUUAAAAUAUGUUUUCAUUUUCAUAUUUCAUUUUAUAUUUAAAAUUUUUAAAAUUUAAAAUUUUAAAUAACAUUUUUAUUUUUAUUUAAUAUUAUAUGGUAAGAAACAACGAGAAUUCGUUGUAAAUUUUACAUGGAAUUUACAACAAAAUCCUCGUAACAUCGUCGUAACGUUUACAUGGAGCUUACAUGGGCAGCAUUGUAAAAUCCUCGUAAAUGUUACAUGGAGUUACAUCGAAAUAAUACGAGUACUUUACAUCGAAAUAAUACGAGUACUUUACAACAAAAUGUUACGUCUCGUUUACGACAAAAUGUUUCCUUCCGUUUUACGAGGAAAACAUUCUUCGUAAACUUUACCACGUGUUUAUGACGAAACCUUCAUACGACGGACGUUUAACAACGAAACACCCAUUUUACAACGAAUUUACAAAGAAUAUUACCCUCGUAAAAAAUAUGAUUUCUUGUAAUGGGACUUUUGACUUUUGAAAAUGUAUUACGAUUAGUAUGGAAAAUAUAUUAUGUUAUCUUAAGGGAAUUUGACGAUGAAAUUUGAUGUGAUUUAUUGUAAUUAAUUUUGAGAAAAUUGUUAUUUAAUGUGUUUUGUGAAAAUGCAUAAAGUGAUGACAUGUCAGCUUUUUGUGAGAAUUAUUAUGGAUAUAUAUGUCAACUAUUUUUUUAUUAAAAUCAUUGUGGUAACUGGCACAUUAACUUUUACCUUCAAAAUGAUUUUCAAAUAAUAAAUAGAGGAUUUUAUCAGAGAUGUCAAUUCUUCAUGGAACAUUUUUGCUUACAUAUAUUUCCAAUUGAGGUAACAACACUUGUUUUUAUUCCAACUUUCUUUAUUUUGAUGACCCCUAAACUAAGAAUUAAGGGAAAGAAAAGUUUAUGACAUGACUCAUUCAGCACUGAACAUAAUAUUUUGGUUGACUUAACAUUAUUUAGUUUGGUAACAUAUUCUGUAAGGAAAAGAAAAUGGAAACUUUUUAAUUGAUUUAUAUAAUUUACAUACACUAUUUCAUUUUCAUUUUGAAUGGUAAUAUUCAAUAUGUUUCUUUUUGCAUUCAAUAUCAUAUGUUUGACUUAUAAUCAGAACCAUAGAUUUUGAGAUGUAUACAGUUUAUAAGUGCUCAAACUGAAGAAGGCUGACCACAUACACAUACUUGCAUUAGAUCUUAGGAGUUGGUAAGAAUAUGUUUUCUUUCUCAUAAAAUCUGUUGACUGUUUCUUAGUUUUUGUUUCUCGACAUGCUUUUUAUCACGAAAUGAUGUCAACAUUUUAAAUUCAACAUUGUUAAUUUAUACGUACAUUUUUUUUUCUGAACUUGCAGGUGCUUCCAAAGUUUUGAGGAAAAGAAAUCGUAUAAAGGUAAACAUAUAUUUACUGUAUUCAAAUAAUUUAUGUAUAUAUAAUUAUUAUAUAUUCUUAUUGCAAGCAGCCAUAUCAGUUUUAAAAUGACAAAGAAAUUAUUAGUAUUGGGUCAAUUAGUGAGUAUUAGUAAUAUCAGUUGUCACGCAAGGUCGAAAAAGUUGUUGGUGGAUUUGAAUCUAUGAAAUUUUAUAGAGGUGAAAUUCAUCGAGAUAUCAAAUCUAAUCCAUGUUACCAUUCUCUGAGAUCUGUACCAUCUAGAUAUUAUCUAUAUAUUUAGAUUAAUAGUUUAAUAUAUAUAUAUGAACUCGUGGUCCCUCUGAUUCAUCUAUGUACGACUUUUUAUGAUAGGCUUAGGAAUCGAUGUGUUUCAUGAUUAAAAAUGAAAGAAGUUUCGCAAUGACAGUUUUUUUUUAUGGAUCUUGCCUUCUUAUGUCAUUGCACGACUGAUGAACAUUUAUUCUUCCCUUUUGAUCAAGGGUGUGCAGACAAUGAUCUUGAGUCAGAUAUAAUUGGAUGAAAACUGAAAUAAAUGCUAGAUUGUUAUGCUUUUAAUACCAAGAAUGUUUGUUAAAAUGUUCUUCAAAGUCAUGGAUAUUAUUUUCAGGUAAGAGCUCAUAGAGUCUUUAACUAGUUUUUAAGCUGUGAAGUAUAUCUACAGUGAUAUAUUCUAUAAUAGACAAUAGACAAUAGCUCCUGGUUAUGUUUUGUAUUAUUUCAUAUAUGGUUUAUUAAUGGAAUAUUAUUUUAUUGAAGCAUGGCAAAAACCAACUGUGGUGAGCUUAAGAGUACCAAUGACAGUGAGCUUCCUUGGAUGGCGAAAGGUAGCAAAAGUUCAACAAGGCGUGAAGAGAAAGCAAUUGUACGAGUUGCAGACUCAGAUGUUGAGAACAAAGACAAGAGUUCAUCAGGCACAAUGGCAAAUGAGUCAGAGCCUGGAAAGGUUUUUUCCCCUUUUCUUUGUGUUCCUCACGGUCUCACUACACUGACAUAUAUCUGAUUCGAUCCUUUCUGUUUAUGGCAGCUUCUAGGUAAGCAUGUGGCAGAAAGAGUAAGGCAUGUUCCAAUGAAAAAGCGGGGAAUGAUGGUUGCCUCCAUGUCACCAAGAAAGUCAUGUGGUCGACGUGGAAUCUCAGAACAUAGGCCGGAGAUCAACCAUGUUUGGAAGUUAAACCCAAAGAAUGAUAGCAGUGGUCCUGACUUUUCUGGUAUUGCGUUACUUGCGGAUGCUGCGUGUAAUUUGAGAAAUGAUCUUGCACCAGCUGUUGACCGUCUGCCUUCUGAAGAACCUGUUGUUCAGCAGCAAGAUGGCUCGACCAUAUUUCCCCAUGCGGUUGGUUCCACAGAUCAGGUGGGGCGAGGCAAAAAGGAUUAUGUAGCUCCUGAAAAGUCUUCGCUUGAUUUGGCUGCGAAGGGCAUAGCAAGCGUAGGAGGGAUGAUAAUAGCUACUAAGGGAGCAAGUGAAAGUGAAAAUUUUGCACCUGAUAGUGGAGUUGUCAUAAAGUCAGAUAAAUCAUCGGUCAGUGAAGCCACUGAGAAAAAGAAUUUAAGGUUACACUGGGACUUAAAUGUUUCUAUGGAUGCUUGGGGUCCACCUUGUGAUGUAGAAAAUGAUGCCUCUGAAAAAGAUGUGAAGGGAGCAAUCACAAAUCCAAUGCCUCCUAGAGUGAGCCAACCUAUUGAUGGUUUUGUUGUAUCAGCUGGGCAAGAAAAGUUUUCAUCAGCAUGUGGUCCUAAGGCUGAAGCAGCUGCUAGAAAUGGAAAUAAGUUCAAAUCUGGUUAUAAUUCCCCGCUUGAGGAUGGAGAAUUAAGGGAGCCAUACCGUAGGGGGAAAAAUAAGGUUGAAGAUGAAGGAUUCUACUCCAUGGCUGAAAAUAAUGACAACAAGAUGAAUGAUUCUGGUAAGAGAAUCUUGGCAGAGACUAAGCUGGGACCAUUAGAGCGUAAAUCUCAUGAUGCAUUGAGAAUUGGAGAGGCUCAUAACAGAAGGGACGUAGAGAAGAAUGAUGUGGCUCGCAUGAAUGAUUUGCAUCUUAAGAAGCGGUCUUCUUCUUCUUCAAGGAGGUUUGUGUCGAGACCAUCUAAGGACUUGCCUUCGCAUGAUGCCAUCCCAAGGACAAGGCAAGUUUUUUCUUUCCAUGCCUCAUCUUUAGGUAAUUUUACUUUUUAAUAGUUCAUUAUUAACCUAGUAAUGGUCCUUUUUGUUUCAGAUCUGAUGAUAAUGAAG